AUGGCACAGACAGGAGAAAAUGAAGAAAGUCCGAAAUUGCCCUGUGGGCCCCAGAGACAGGAUCUCUAUCCUCUGCCAUCUGAGUACCAGGACACUGCCAAGAGGGCCAUAGUUAUCCAGCUGACAGGCACAGAGGGUGAAUGGGACAGCCUUGAGGACAGCGAGCUCAUCUUCACUCUAGACAGAGAUGGGGAAGGAUCCCUACAAAAGGAGAGGUCAGGCCCCCCGGAACUGCAGCCAGAUGAGGAGUGGGGCCUUCGUUCUCCCGUGUUCCAUGUCCCCCUCUCCCCCUCUUCCCCUGGAUCCCUGGGCGACUGUUCCACCUCAGGUUCCGGGCUUCUUUCUCCAGGUGUGGCCUCACCCACCCAUCGACCACUGGCGAGUUUAGUUAAGUCGCUGUCCACAGAGCUGGAACUAAAAGAGUCUUCCUCUUCACUCAAACCCAGGCCCUUGCUGAACUUGGUCAAGUCGAUUUCCACAGAGCUCUCCCGCUGUGAACCUGAGGUGUCGCAGUCCAAAUCAGACUCAAAGCUCAGUCUGCAUUUAUGGACUCAGCUCACACAGCCUAAGGGUCGCAAUGGGGAUUCCCGCACCGCCCCACCUUCCCCUACUAACCUCUCCCCAUCUGAGACUAAAGCAGGCUUCUUUAAAAUGGAGCUGGAAGACACACGCCGGAAACUGUCUGAAGCCAUGCAGGAACCCCUUAGCAUGUUCAAUAAGAUCAUGCGUGAGGACAGCACAGGCAGCCCAAAACACCACAGGACCACUGGCUCAGUUGACUCUCCGAGCUUUAAAGGCUUUGGCGGAAGCGGCGUCAAAUCAAACAAUGAUCCGCAAGUGACCGAGUCUCCUAUGAAGACCACUAAAAAGCUUGAAUGUGAAGGACUUCCUGUGUGUAACUGGCCAGUAAGACACCCCAGGAAGUGUCUGAGGAGAUCCUGCCCUUCCCAUGACCAGCACAGCAGACAACUCGAUAUCAGCCCUGCACUGGAGAUCAACACUAAUGGUGAUGCCAUGCAGGUUGUGGAGGUAAAAGGAGGAUUUGCAGGAGACCAUACCCCAGGACAAGCCUCUUUUCCAGUACCUGGUAUGACUCUCUUCUGGGUGGCAGCUGCAUCCUAUUGCUAUUUUGUCUUGCCCUUACCCUCCUAUUGGUCAGGUUGGUUCUUUGGCUUGGCACUUGGGUUCAUGUUGGGACUCCUUCUCAUCCGUUUGGGAUCAACGCACCAUGCCAGUCAGUCUCAAAGACGUAUCGAGAACCUGUACAGUUGUGCUCAAUGCAAUAUCAAUGGUGAAGAACAUUUCCUAAAGGGCUGGAUGAAUGAGAUGUCUGCUUACGAUCCAGAGACCUUCCAGCCAUCCCUCAUGCAGUCAGUGCAUGCCACACUGGAGGGUUCUUGUCUGCGACUUGACUACCCUCGUAAUAACAUCCAGCGCUGGGCCACAUUUGACGAAGCACCCCACGAGACUAUAUUUGUCCACUCUCGCACCUUCCAGUUGUCUGGCAGCAAGGUGUUCUUGUUGCCUGCGGCUUUGGCACGGAAGAGGGUGUGGAAUAAAAAGUAUCCCAUCUGCAUCACUCUGGCUGAAGGAGAGGAGGUGGUGGGGAGAAAAGAACCAGAGGCUCCAACAGAGACACAGAAAGAAGACAGAAGUACUCUCCCUAUGUCUAAAGCCAGCCACCACACCACCCUUUAUCUCUUUGGUCGCACAGGAAGAGAGAAAGAGGAGUGGUUCUAUCACCUUCUCUACGCAUCGAAGCAAAAGAAAGAAGACCAGUGUGAAUCCAGAUCUGGUAAGAAAGUGGUCUGUUACACCUGGAAAAGUUCAGACAAUGUAUUGACCAGUGGAAGUUCAAGCAGAGCGAGCAUUGAAGACAUGGCUUCUGUGCCUCUGUGCCCACGAGACCUGGUGGGCAGAGUACGAGAAAACAUCUUACUGGACUACACCACAUACAUGAGCAAUCUCAUCACCUCAGCAUACACCAGCGCACCGCAUAACCCAUACCACUGUAGUGCUCAGAGCAGCCCAACUGACAAAGAACAGCCUCUCUGUUGUCAUGGGGACCAAAGGCAGCCCGUCUGGAUCAAUGCUCUCAUUGGCCGAAUAUUCUGGGACUUCCUUCGGGAGAAGUACUGGGCAGAUGUAGUCUCCCACAAGAUACAACGAAAACUGACCAAAAUCAGGUUACCUUACUUCAUGAAUGAGUUGACGCUCACAGAAUUGGCCAUGGGUUCUUGUAUGCCUCAGAUCACAGGCACAUCACCACCGCAAGUCAACGGGAGAGGCCUGUGGCUGCAACUGGAAAUAGAGUACACAGGAGCCCUGCAGAUGUCACUGGAGACCAAGAUGAACCUCUCCAAACUGGGAAAGGAAGGUGGACUUGAUGCAGACAGCAAUGUAGACACUAGCUCUGUACGCACCAGGUCUAGGCUCUCAGUGUUGGCUGAUAGUGAUGAGGAAUCAUCCAGUGCCGGAUCCUCGGACGAAGAGGAAAUACCAUCCACCGAGCUCCAAGGAAUUGUGGGGGAGAAAUCAGCUCAAGUUGGUGUUGAAGGAGCCACGGGUGGUGGCAGAACUGGCAGACGGAUUUUGAGAUUUGUGGACAAAAUCGCUAAGUCUAAGUACUUCCAGAAAGCCACAGAAAAUGAGUACAUCAAAAAGAAGAUUGAAGAGAUGUCCAACACUCCUCUUUUGCUCACAGUGGAAGUUCAAGAACUUUCCGGAACUCUGGUCAUCAACAUUCCACCACCUCCCACAGACAGAAUAUGGUAUAGUUUUUGUGUACCCCCAAAGCUUGACCUGAGGGUCAGGCCAAAACUAGGAGAGCGAGAGGUGACUUUCUGUCAUGUCACAGAGUGGAUUGAAAAGAAAUUGCAGGAUGAGUUUCAGGAUGUUUUUGUCUUUCCCAACAUGGAUGAUAUAUACUUGCCCCUCAUGAACUCUGGCAUGGACAACCUGCAUACAUCCCCAGCACAGCCAUCCUGCAGUUCAUCCCUGAAUGCAAGUGAGGGGUCCACUAAGAACCAUACAGCGGAGAUAGAAUAG